UCCAUAAUUAUUGCAGCUCCUCCUACAUAUUGGUAUUUUGUGCACUGUUAUCGAAAGCCGGCGAUAACAACUUAAUGUUUGUCGACCACCAACAGCUGUUCAGAAAAGCAACGAUGUCUUGGCUAACAAAUACAUUUCAAAAGCUGCUGAUCGUGGGAGCAAAGACGUUACCCUUGGGCUCAACCACAACAGUGCGCCAGCUGUCGCAUGCGGAGCGUCGGGCACGCGGUCCUACAGUGAGACGCUAUGGCUACAAGGACAAGAUUUUCCAGAGUGGUCUGCUGCCGCAUUUAGACAAUGGUCAAAAGCUACCUAUGCCCGUGUAUCGACCCAAGAAUGCAUGGUCGGAGAAGCGUGCGCUGUUUGGCCAGAAUGACUACAUCGACAUCUUGGGCAACGAUCGCUUGCAUCCCACUCGAGUGCUGUAUUCUGUGCCCUCGUGGUUGCGUGGCGUGUCCGGUAAUGAGUAUCAGGUGUUGCUGCGGAAGCGUCGCCUAAUGGAGAAGACCAAAUAUCCAAUAGCGCGUCCCACCAAGUGGCGAGAGAUGGAGAAACGCAUCUUGUAUCUAUACAAAUUCCUAAAUAGGAAAACAAAAACAGGAUACUCCAAGCAGUAAAUGCUAUGUUUAAAUAAAAUGUUUUCUUUUAAUUGA